AUGGCAUCUCUUCAAGCUGAAGCACUGCAGUGUUACACAUGCAUGGGGUCAACAGAUGAGGACUGCAAUCGCCAGGGAUCCAAAGCAUGUCCAACUUACUCAGAUGCAUGUGCUAUUAUCAAAGGAGAUGGCAGCGGUGUGCUAAAGUCAUGUUCCUACAAAUCCUUCUGCAGUCAAGCAAACAGCCAAGGUGACAGAGUUGCAGGGGUGAAGGUUCACUGCUGCUACUCAGAUGACUGUAACGUGAUGGGACAUGGCACCCGGCUCAGCAGAGGGUUUAGCUAUCUCUUGGUCCUUCUGCCACUGUUUUGGCAUCUAUUGUCAAGCUAG